GUCCCAGUCUCUAUCUUCUGCUCAUUGAAGGUGAAGAAAACAAAUGGCGGACACUAAGGUUGAGUCGGGAACCGAAAAAAUCCCGAAAUCAGGCCCUUCUCCUGCCGCUAAAUCCUUGCCAUACCAAGUGCCUUCAUGGGCCGGCAAGCCUACACAAGGCCUUCAUCUAGAUGUUAUGAAAAUGGACAAACUAGUCGAGAAACUCAUCAUAGAUGAGAAGCCGUGUUAUUUAUUUGGGAGAAACAAGGACGUCUGUGACUUCAUGGUGGAACAUUCCUCAUGCUCGCGUGUUCAUGCAGCUCUGGUGUUUCAUCGGCACCUCAAAAGAUGCUUCUUGGUGGACCUUGGAAGUACUCAUGGCACCUACAUUGGAACAAUAAGAAUUGAGCGUAACAAACCCACCCAAGUUCAAGUUGACAGUGUGAUACGGUUCGGUGCAUCAACUCGUACAUAUACUCUCAGAGAGAAGCCUACUGGCUCAGGGAGCAAGGUGGAAAAGGGAGAUGGUGAUAUUUCACAAGACAGUACUACAGGGGGACUGCUAGGAUUACCAGAGUCAGAUACAGAGCUUGAUGAUCUCACAGAGUUCAACACUGCCCACAAUAAGCGUCUAGCGUCAGUUGGUCUGGAAGAGUCUACAAGUAGUCUUAGUAGUUUAUCUUCCCUCAAGCGCAAGAGACGAGCAUCACAUAUUGUGGCUUUCAAGGAUGUAGAAGAGAUUAUUAAUCCAGAGGAUGUUGAUCCAAGUGUGGGGAAGUUUAGGAAUAUGGUACAUACUUCAGUUGUUGUUCCAACCAAGAAAAUGCGAGGGGCUGGACCUGGUGGGGGACCUACUAUGACGGAAAACAUCACAAAGCGACUGCAAAAUUUUCCUUACUCUCAAGGCUUAUACACCAAUCUACCAUCAGCAACAGGGGAAGAACCUACAAGUCCAACCUCCCCUACUGCAUCCCUUCCCAAACUGAACAUCACAUCAGCUCCCGAGGUCAUUUCUCCUGACCAACAACAGAUAAACAUUGAACCUCAACCUUCUGUCGUGCAGCCUGUAGCUAUGCCAGGCGUACCAGCAGAGGCACCUAAGAAGAAGUAUGCCAAAGAGGCGUGGCCUGGCAAAAAACCUACACCGUCACUACUGAUAUAAUAGUCUUUUUCCUUAAAGUUUAGAUAGGCUCAUUUAUAGGCAAUGUUCUUGGAUGCAUGUCUAGAGGGGGGUCAGAGGGGUCUGGGGAAAUGAGUUCGACUCUGCUCAACCCUUUUGUUGGCAGAGAAGAUGGUUAAUUUUAUGUGUGUAUUGAGAGCGCAAAUUUCUAGAUGGAUCUGUUCACCUAUUACAAGAGCUAAGGGUGCCGAUUUGAGGUUGAGCUUGAUCUGUGACUUACAGUACUACUGGACCCCAGCCUGCCUUUGCCUCUGUUACUUCUUGUUUAGUUCAACAUCGUGAGGUAGGAGGGUGAUGCUUUAGAGUCCAAAGUGCCAGGUUAAACAGUGAUGAGAAUUAAUUAUAACCACCAAUAAUCUGUUAAAAUUUCAUAUAAGCUUUCUUUCAAACACUUCAACUUUAUCUCAGUACCAAAUGAGUAAAUUAUAGGCAUUAUCUCUCAGGUUCAGCGGAUAACAUUUGUAUCACCCUUUUAAAAGGCUCCCUCUGGGGUUUGUAGAUAGCUUUGACUAGCUGCCCAACCUUUUGCAAUAUCAUUGCUUAAAUGUUCUUAAUAAUGGCACACAGCUAGAUGCAGGGGUGCCCCCAUGGGUUCAGUAGAACUGUCUCUAACCAAAAGGUACUUUGGGAUAAACAAUCAUAAAAAUCACCUUUUAAAUGUUAGUAGGAAUUAUGUGUUAUAUGUUAGUUUGCUAGCUAGUUCAUGUCUUAUGGGAGUGUUCUUUAAAUACCCUGAGAGGGAAGAGGGAGGGAGCGAAGAUAUUGGGGGAUCCCAAAAACUUUAACCACCCAAAGCUCCGUAAAAAAGGGCUUUCUAAGGGGUGACAAAUUUUUGUAUGAGUUCUACUGAAAUCCUGGGGGUUGUUAAAGGGGGGAGGGGCUGCACAUUUGUUUUCUUUACACUGAAGAGUUGGGAUCUGAAAUUUUAAGGUGAACUAAGUCAAAAUCUCUUCCUCCACCCCUCCCCCUUACUCGGGAUAUUUAAUGAACGUAAAGUAAGAUUACCCUUUUGUGGUAAAUAAAUGAAUAUACCCCCUUUUCAAUAAGAACGGAAUAUGGUGAAUUUUGGAUAUUUGUUUAUUCAGAAAUUGUUGAAGGUAUUAGGUACAUAAACAUUGUUUUGUGGUUU